GCAAACGCUGAACUCCUCGGUUCUUCACAUCACGUCUUUAUAACGGCGUUCAGGAGGUGUUUGUUCGGGGCAGACCUGCAGCUUAUCUUUCUGGUAUUUGGAAGAAUUUGUAACAAGGCGGAACAUCUACACAGACCUGGCAGAGCUUUUAAAACACAAAGCAUGAAGAACAGAUAAAAAGGAGAUGGAGAAACAUGACAAUACAGCAGCUGGAAGAGAGUCUGAAGUCAAAUCUAUAAUACCGUCUGGAACAAAUGAAAAGGUGGAGCAGUUAGAGGCGAGUGCAGCUGGAACCAAGUGUGAUCCGCUGAAUGAACCUGGUGAAGGAAAACACUGCGAGAAGAAUGAUGAAAGCACAGGAGGAGAGUCCGUCAUCACAUUUGUUGAACCAUCUGCGUCAAAUAAGAAAGGCGACGAGCCUUCAUCAGGAGAAGAUCAUGACAUUGAAAAGGUCAUCACUGAAAACACACCGGAGGACACGAGUUCAACCUCUCAGAGGGUUUCAACACAUAAUAAAGAAUUGAUACCUGAACUCACACUGGUGUUAAUUGGUGACACAAAUUCUAUUGAGAUUGGAUCAAAAAACAUCUUAAUUGAUGAGCAAACAAGUGUGGAACAGUUUUCAACCAGGCUGUAUGAUUUGUGUGGUCGGCACAUCUCUGUCGUUAACAUGCUUGGUCUACAAAACAUUGACAAAUUCCCAUUAAAUCAGGAAAUUCAUGCCUUUCUCUUACUGAUGCCGAUUGGUCUGCAUAGCAUCCGUGACAGUUCAGUGCAGUGGUUCGAAAAAGCUUUUGGGAAAGAAUCACUUGCUCUUUUAAUGACAGUUGUGACUCAUGAGUCAGAUGAAAAAUGUGAAAGUGUAUUGACAGACCUGAGAGCCAACAGCAGUUUUGAUGAAAAAAGAUACCACACAUGUACAAGAAGUAUGAUGGAUGAAAGAGAGAUAAUAGCUCUGCUGGACAAAGUAGAUGUCAUGGUCUCUGAAAAUGAUCCCCACCGCUACAGCGGACUGAUGUGUGAUGAAAAUAAAGGGCCGAAAGAACACAUGGAUCACAAAGAAGAAAUGAUGGAUUCCUCAGUGUUUCAGCCAAAUCAAACAGUAGACGAGCUGGAGGAGAAUGCAGCUAAAGGAGAAGUAAAGUGUGAUCCAGUAAAUAAACCUUGUGAUGUUAAACACUCAAAGAAUGAUGACAACGCCACAGUAGGAGGAGAAUCUGAAAUCAAGCCUGUACAGUCUGCAACCAAGGAGAAAGGUUUAGAUAUGGAUACGAGUGGAAACAUGGAGAAGCAGUCAGAGGAGACUUCUGAAGAGAUCAACAGGAAGAAACAAUAUCAAAGAGAAACUGAAACACUGCUUGGCAGACUUCACCUUCAGGACAAACAUCAACAGAAGUUUUCACCGGCAGAACUUUUAAAAAUAUAUCCACCUGUGAAUCAGGACCAAGAAACAUCUGAGAAAGAUCUCGCUCAUGCUUUUCUCCAGAGAUUGAUGAUGUUAGACUACAGAGCCAGAUAUAUUCCUGUAAGACAAGAUAGUGCUGAGCUGAGCCAGUCAAAGCCUGUUCCAGAGUUAGACACUGCUGAGACAGACGACGAUGACUUAGAUGCCCUUUUCAGCACCAGUGUAGACUUUGAUGAAUCAAAACUCAAGACUCGUGUGCAUCCAAUGGAUGUUCAAAUGGCAGUAUUUCACUGCUCAGACAGCUUUUUAAAACAGAACAUGAUUACAAAGCUAUCACAAUGUCAGUACGCCUUACCUUUGCUUGUUCCUGACCUAGUCACAAUGGAUAUUGACUGUCCUCUGUGGACAUUCAGACAAAUAACCAAAACAUGGAAGAUAUCUGAAAUCCAAGAUAAUUCAAACAUUGUCACCAAGAGUAUGCCCAUCUGCAAAGCUGAGACACCUAUGGUGUCAUUUCUCCGCCUGGGUUCACUAUCUCUGUCUAAAUCUCAGCUGCUGAACACUUUGAUCAACGACCGUCACAGCACCUUCUUCCACAGAAACUGUCCAGGUAGCACCAAGUCUCGCCAUUUGAUGGAUGGUGUGGCAGAGAUUGCCUGGUACUGCCCUGCUGGAAAACCAAACGAUGCCUUCACUGACUGUAUUGCCUUCUGUAAUCUUCAUGGUGAUGCUUUGUCAAUUGAAAAACAGCGUGACAUACUGACGGAAAAAUCUUCAGUCAAUGUUGUUUUUGCACCAACUAUGGAAAAAGGUGGCAAAAGUACUGCAGUUAUCUCGGCCCUCUACAAGUCUCCGAAGCCUCUCAUUAUUCUCAUUGCUGAUAAUAAUUUAGGUGUGGUUAAGAUGAAAGAUGGAAAAUACAAAAUGGGUCUAAAGGACAGAAGCCAGUCAGAGGUUUCUGUAGAACUGAAAGAAAUCAUUGAAACUAUUUUGUCUGGACCACAUGAAUCCUUCCAGCUUGAAACCAUGGCUAAGGUCUCUGGAAUCAGAGUGGAUGAAGAUGACAAAGUCUGCCAAAAAGGAAAAUCUGCUGCUAUGAAAAUAGUGAAGUUGCUUCAGACAAAGGACGUUUCGACGAUCAAAGACACAUUUCUGCCUUGUCAUGGCCAACUGUGGCAUGAGUGGUGCAGAAUAAACAAAGAACUGAAUCACCUCAACGGAGAGAUUGAGAAAUCCCAAAAGGAAAAGAAAUUAGAGCAAAUACGGAAAGAUCAAUGCACUGCUUCUAGUGAACUGAUGAAGUUGUUCAUUGAAAGCCUCUCAUCUUUGCCAUCAACAGACAAAGAGUAUUUCCUCAAAUGGUGUCAGAUCUUAAUAGAUGCCCUCUCCACGGACGAUCUUUCUUCAAUUCUCCAAAGUUAUGAUAAAGUGUGGUCUGAGGUCUUGGCUUUGAAGAAGAAGCAUGACAAAUCUGAUCAGCUGAAAAUUAAACAAAAAGAGCUUGAUCAAAUAUCAGCAAAACUACAGUCGGCUACUUUUGGCUUGGAGCACAUGUUUAGAGAAAUGGGACAGAUCUAUGAAGCCCAUGCAUCUCUGCAGAAACAAGCAAAGAUGACUGAGAAGACUGACUGGUCUACAUAUCCUAAACUGGCUGCAGAGCUGAUGAUAUCAGGACACCCAAUGGAGCUAUUGGAUGGGGAUGCAGGUCAUGUGCCUUUAACGUGGAUCUCUAGUCUUCUAGAUGAAGUCAUCAAGAAACUGGGCGACAAGAAAGUUUUUGUUUUGUCAGUUUUAGGUAUACAGAGCAGUGGAAAAUCAACCAUGCUAAAUGCCAUGUUUGGGUUAAAGUUUGCAGUGAGUGCUGGCAGGUGCACCAGGGGGGCCUUCAUGCAGCUGGUCAAAGUGUCAGAGGAGAUCCAGAAAGACUUUCAGUUUGACUACAUUCUAGUGGUGGACACUGAAGGACUGCGUGCUCUUGAGUUGGAAGGUAACGCCACUCUUCACCACGACAAUGAACUGGCAACAUUUGUUGUUGGUCUGGGAAACAUGACACUGAUAAACAUCUUUGGAGAGAAUCCAGCUGAGAUGCAAGAUGUUCUGCAGAUUGUUGUUCAGGCUUUCAUGAGAAUGAAGAAAGUUAAACUUUCUCCAAGUUGCGUGUUCGUUCACCAGAAUGUUACAGAUAUUGCAGCUGCAGAGAAAAACAUGGAUGGAAAGAGACGGCUGCAAGACAAACUCGACCAGAUGGCCCAACUAGCAGCCAAAGAGGAGGUUUGUGAAGCUCAGUGCUUCAGUGACGUCAUUGCUUUUGAUGUGAAGAAAGAUGUGAAAUACUUUGCCCAACUAUGGGAGGGAAGUCCACCUAUGGCUCCUCCAAAUCCAGGUUAUAGUGAGAGCGUCCAAGAGCUGAAGAACUUUAUCCUCUCUAAAGCUUCACAGUCUGCUGGGAUCACUCUGUCACAGUUCAGGAGCACAAUUUGUGACCUGUGGACAGCUCUGAUGAACGAAAACUUUGUUUUCAGUUUCAAAAACACACGUGAAAUUGCAGUGUACAGAAAACUUGAGGUCCAGUAUGGGAACUGGACCUGGGACCUGAGGAGCAACAUGUUGACCAUUGAGAAUGGGCUUUAUAAAGAGAUAAAAAGUGGAAAACGUGACAAGGUUGAGCUAAGUUUUCUUCACAAGAAAAUGAACAAAACCUUUGGAGAAAUCGAAAAAGCAAUGACAACACACUUUGAUGAUAACAGUGACAAAGAAAUGUUGGUUCAGUGGCGAGGACGAUUUGAAAACAAAAUCAAGGAGUUCCUUGAUGAACAUGUGAAAGGAGUUAAAAGGAAAUUGGAUGAAGUCAUUGAGCAGAAGAUUGCUUGUAAAAAGCUUGAUGAUAAGAAGAUAGAGUUUGAGAACAAGCUGCUACAAAAGAGCAAAGAGCUCGCUCAUCAGUUAAAAGACAAGGCAAAAGAUGAAGAGGAACUUGAAAAGCAGUUCAACUCGGUCUGGAGGGUCUGGGUUAGGGAACUAACUGCAAAUACAAAACCUAUUGAGGACAUCAAUUUGGAAGAAGAUGAAUUUGAAGUCCUUCAGGAGCUUGGUAUUGAACCGUCUCUCAUAAAUGAAUCCAAAAGAGUUGGCAAGUACAAAAAACUCUCAGAACUUGGCAAUUACGAUUAUUAUGUAUCUCUCACAAAGCACCAAGAUCAACCAGGCCAACAACUUCAAGAUAAGGAGAAGAAAAGGGACAGUAGAGGACAUCUAAGAAAGAUGUUUGACUAUAUGUUAGAAAAAAUACCUAAAGUAGGAAAUUACGUCAAAGAGUAUGUUCUGCCUGAAGAGCAGCAACAUAUCAGAUCCCUCGUUGAAGAUGUUGAAAAACAGUCCCUUGAUAAAAUCAAGAGCAAACCUGUAGCUUCAGAAGGCUACAGAUCCACUUACUUGCAAGAAGUGGCCAAACAUGUAAAAGAAAGGGUAAUAGAUUUUGAAUCAAAGAAGAAAUAUGCUCUAAAGAAAGAGUUUACAGUUGAUCUCUUACUGUAUGUAUUUGACAGCGCAGGGACUUGGCUUUCAGAGUCCUACAAGACAUUCAAAAAGAACAACAACGCACUCACUUAUGUAGAAAGCAAGAAAACGCAGUAUUACAACUUUUUCAGAAGCUUCUGCAAAGGAAACUCAUCUGCUGUCGUGCUUGGAGAACUGAUCUGUGAGAAACUGAAGAGUUCCAUUGUUGAGGCCGUCUGUAACGAGACUGCCAUUGAUCUCGCUGGAAAGAUAAGGGGCAGUUUCCCAGCAUUCAAGGAGAACAGGCUGAACUUGGAGAAACACGUAUUGAAGGGGCUCGCAGAGAAAGAGGUCUUUAGUGAUUUUAUCACCUACAUCCUAAACCCAAGGAAACAAGUAGAGACUUUUAUAAGAGAGAAAGUACAUAAGUACAUCUUCACAGAAAACAAAGAUGAAGUACAGAAAGUACUCAAGAAAAAUGUUGAAGACAUCAAUAAGCUUGUGAGUCAAGCUUUAUUUACUGCAACAGAGAAAGUAAAAAAGAUGGAAGGAAAAAAGGGAGUCGCAGACAAGUGGAUGGAGGAAUUUUCCAGUUUGCUAGAAAAGGAGCUGACCUUCGACACAAUUUGUUGUGAAAACUUCAGUGACAUAAACAAUUUUGACUUUCUUAAGGAAGAGACAGAGAAAGGCCUUAAACCCAUCAUAGAGGAGAUGAACAGUCUCUCACUGCAUGAGAUGGAGGAAUUCAGGAUGCAGCCUGACCAAAUCCUCAUCGAUCAGCUGUGUCACUGCUGCUGGGUAAAGUGUCCAUUCUGUGCAGCUGUUUGUAUCAACACAAUUGAAAAUCACAGUCCUGACAAACACACUGUCCCUUUCCAUCGCCCGUCUGGGAUUAUCGGAUGGCACACUAGAGGCACAAAGGACCUGGUCAGCGAUUUCUGCACAACAUUAGUUGCAAGUGAUGGAAGAUUUCUUCCUGAUGGUUCAGAUACGAGUUAUCCUUACAAACAGUAUCACACUGCUGGGAAGAAGUAUUCUUCAUGGCAGAUUACUCCUGAUGCGUCUAAACUGACAUACUGGAAAUGGUUUGUAUGCAGAUUUCAGAAGCAACUGGAAGACCACUAUGAAUAUAAAUUCCAGGGCGGAGGAACAAUCCCCAGUGACUGGAGAGACCACAGUAAAGAAAAAGCCAUUGAAAGUCUGGAUGAAUUGUACAGAUGAGCCAGAAACAACCAAGCUCUAUCGAAAGAAAUACGAGUUUUUGGUUCGAUUGAAGGAGUGGAACAAUAGCAAUAUUGAGGAUAACGCUUUUCCAAAAUGGUGUGUGUGUGUGUGUGUGUGUGUGUGUGUGUGUGUGUGUGUGUGUGUGUGUGUGUCAUAACAUAAAGUAGAAAUGGCCUGAUGCAAAGUAGAACACGUGUCAUAACAAAUUACGUGUUUGUUAGCCAUUAAAGGAUCAUUGUAAAAUGGAUCAGAGAGAUCAGAAUUAGUCUUCGGUUUUUGUUGCAUUAAAUUUGUUUGUGAAAAUUCCUGUGAAUUUAACGGGAGAAUCAGUGUCAGUGUGAAAUUAGUUAAGAGAUAUUUUUAUUAAUUCUUUUUACAGUUGUUUAACGUUUACAAAAAGCAAAGAAAGGUGUAGGAUGUUGUGCUGAGACUUGGCGAGAUGCAUGGAGGAUCGGGAUGACUGGAAGCACCGAUGGAGGGCCCGUCUGAGGACGACCUAGUAGUCGUGUCAGACUGUGUAUAUCAUUUUAUUCAUUCAAAUAAGAAAUGGCAGCCAUGAUUGGUUGUAAUAUUUGUUUUUACCUUUUUUCUAUGAUACAGAUCUCAUAAAAGGCAUCAUAACAUGCAACACAAGUUUUCUUUUUGUAAACAGUUUUUCGACUUUAUGUAACAUGACUAACAGAUAAUAUGAGUCACAAGGUGCAUGUUCGGAGAUUGAAUUACUCAAGUGUUGUUGAUUAUGAAAAUGCAUGAAACUUGUAUUUGAGACUUGUUGAUUUCCACAAAAAGGGAAACAGUUGUGAGGAGUUAACACAUUAUGAAAGAACAAAUUGAUUGAUUUUAAUUUAUUUUUUAUGCCUAUAUUGGAAUUUAUUUUGUUUGUUGGUUAAUUUCACUCCUGUCAUUGCUUCAGUGUGUUGAUAUCCAUAAUAUACAGAAAUAUCAGCCUUUGUGGAAAGAAAAAUCUGGAUAUUUUCUUUUAGUGUAAUAAAUGGAACAUGGAAAUGGU